AUGACUCUCGACGUGCUGCACUUCCUUGACAACAAGGGAGGAAAUGCUGAGGAAAUCAGGGAGUCCCAACGGAAACGCGGCCUCUCGGUCGAACUGGUGGACGAAGUUAUCCAGAUGUACACCGACUGGGUGAAGAUGGAUUUUGAUACCACCAACAUCAGCAAGCAAGUGAAUGCAGUACAAAAAGAGAUUGCCGCAAAGAAGAAGGCGAAAGAGAGCGCAGAUAACUUGGUAGCGCAGAAGAAAGAGUUAGAUGCUCAAGUUGUCGCCAAACGCGCCGAGUCCAAGGUGUUUGAGCAGAAGAUGCGGCAGAAGGCUUCGACCAUCGGUAACAUCGUUGGCAAGGGUGUGCCAGUCAGCAUGUCCGAGGACGACAACAAGACUGUACGAACAUGGCACCCAGCUGGAGAGGGAGUCGCAGUAGAGAAGAAGAGCGAUAUCAUGCCUCACCACGAAGUUCUGCUUCGUUUGGACGCGAUGGAUCUUGACAGAGGUGCAAAAAUAAGCGGUCAUCGAGGAUAUUACUUGACGAAUGACGGUAUUGACCUCAACCAAGCACUUAUUUCUUACGGCCUCGACUUCCUGCGGAAGCGAGGAUACAAGAAAAUUCAACCGCCGUUCAUGAUGAACAAGGAUGUCAUGGCUAAGACGGCUCAGCUUGAUCAAUUCGACGAAGAGCUCUAUAAAGUCAUCGCCGCCGACGACGAGAAGUAUCUUAUUGCCACCUCAGAACAGCCCAUCUCUGCAUUUCACUCGGACGAGUGGUUCGACUCACCUGAGACGCAGCUCCCCAUCCGGUACGCGGGGUACUCGACGUGCUUCCGCAAGGAGGCGGGCUCCGCUGGGCGCGACAUGUGGGGCAUCUUCCGCGUGCACCAGUUCGAGAAGGUCGAGCAGUUUUGUAUAACCGAGCCAGAGAAGAGCUGGGAGAUGUUCGACACGAUGAUCGGCAACUCGGAGGCGUUCUACCAGAGCCUCGGCCUCCCGUAUCGCGUCGUUGCCAUUGUAUCCGGCGCUCUCAACCUCGCCGCGGCACAGAAGUUUGACCUCGAAGCGUGGUUCCCAUUCCAGGGCGCGUACAAGGAGCUCGUGUCUUGCUCAAAUUGCACAGACUACCAGAGCCGGAAGUUGGAAGUCCGGUGCGGACUGAAGACAAAGGACCAGACGCGUAAAGUCUACGUGCACAUGCUGAAUGGCACGCUCUGUGCGACAGAACGGGCUCUCUGUUGUCUAGUAGAGAACUAUCAGACAGCUGAUGGACUGGCAAUUCCGGAAGUGCUCCGACCAUACAUGCAAGGUCGAGACUUCUUGCCAUGGGUGAAAGAGCUCCCCAAGAGUCUCCAACGAAAACAAGCGUAG